GGCCGAAGUUCUUUGUUUGAAACCGGGAGAUCGAUCAUAACGGUAUAUCACCCAACUUUUUGUCCAAUGGUAUCCUAACUGCGAAAAAUGGGUUCUUUGCCGUCAACCGGCGGCCUGCAGGUUCUCGAGAAUGGCGACGCUCCCGUCAUCAACAGAUGCGAGUUAAGGGUUCUCUUCGAGAGCCAGCAGCGUCACCUCAACGAUUUCUUCGACAAGCUCGACCUCGACCACGCCCAAGCCUUCGCCCAAGCCCUUCUAGACGCGCCCGGCGCCAUCUUCUUCUCUGGCGUCGGUAAGUCUGGCUUCGUCGCUCUGAAGCUCUCUCAAACCCUCGCUUCCCUCGGAUUCACCCGAUCCGCCUACCUUCCACCCGUAGACGCCCUUCACGGCGACAUCGGUGCCCUUUUCCCCUCUGAUAUCCUCGUCCUCAUCUCCAAGUCCGGAUCCUCUGAUGAGCUCCUCAAUCUGGUCCCCUGCGCACGUGCCAAAGGAGCUCGCUUGAUCUCUUUGACAUCUGUAGAGGGAAAUCCCCUCGCCUCGCUCUGCGACAUGAAUGUGCAUCUUCCUCUCGAAAGAGAGGUCUGCCCCUUUGGCCUCGCGCCCGUCACCUCCUCCGCUAUACAGAUGGUGUUUGGGGACACGGUGGUGGCUGCGAUUAUGAGGGCUAGGAAGCUUACCAAAGAGAGCUAUGCGCGCAACCACCCCGCGGGAAAGAUUGGCAAGAGCCUGAUCUUCAAGGUGAAAGAUUUGAUGAAGAAACAGGACGAACUUCCACUUUGCAAGGAAACAGACAUGAUAAUGGGUCAACUUACAGAGCUCACUAGUAAAGGAUGUGGAUGCCUGCUUGUUGUUAAUGCUGAAAGCCAAUUGAUUGGGACUUUCACUGAUGGUGACUUGCGGCGCACCCUCAAAGCUAGUGGUGAAAAAAUAUUCAAACUCACCGUUGGUGAAAUGUGCAACAGGAACCCACGAACAAUCACACCAGAAGCAAUGGCGGUAGAAGCCAUGCAAAAAAUGGAGUCACCACCAUCUGCUGUCCAGUUCUUGCCUGUUAUUGACGAUCAACAAGUUGUGCUUGGGAUCAUAACCUUGCAUGGACUGGUUUCUGCUGGGCUGUAGAGAUUUAUUCAAUGAUGUCUUGUACUUCUAUUCUCAACAUUUUUUCUUUGUUGUUGUAUUCUUUGUACCUGUUAAUUGUUAGGCUUGUCAAUGUGGCUCUUCACCUUUUAACUUGUUCUUCUUUUGCUCCCGAAUUUAGCUGAGGAACUGAUUCUUAGGGUGUCUCUUUUGUUGUAUUUUUCCAAAAUAAAUUGAAUAAAUGAAUGAUUCUGACCAUGAUUUCUUUCUGUAA